GGGCUUCCUCUCACCGAUUUCCUACCUGGCCCACAUCUAGGCGAUCCCCGACUCCUUUCUUCAUGGCGUCGCUUCUGUGCUGUGGGCCCAAGCUGGCCGCCUGCGGCAUCGUCCUCAGCGCCUGGGGAGUGAUCAUAUAAUGCUCGGAAUCUUUUUCAAUGUCCAUUCUGCUGUGCUAAUUGAGGACGUUCCCUUCACGGAGAAAGAUUUUGAGAACGGCCCCCAGAACAUAUACAACCUUUACGAGCAAGUCAGCUACAACUGUUUCAUCGCGGCGGGGCUUUACCUCCUCCUCGGAGGCUUCUCUUUCUGUCAAGUUCGGCUCAAUAAGCGCAAGGAAUACAUGGUGCGCUAGAGCACGGGCGCGCUCCCCCUCUCCAGCCCUCUCCUCUAUUUAAAGACUCUCCCCACCAGGUCACAGCCCCCCGCCCCCCAUUCUGGUGCCCUCUGCGGACUAGGUUUUCUUGGCGAGAGACUCAAUCCCUUGUUCUCCAACCUCUGGCGCUCGGCUCCUGCGGAGGGAGGUUGGGGUUGGCCGUUCCCUGUCCCUCCGGCCCCCUCGCCUCGUCCCGUUCCACAAUAAAGAGAAACUGCUCUCUUAAGACUUGUGUGUGUGUCUGGAUUAGGAGGCGGGUACCAGGGCUAGAGGUCGGCCUCCAAAUAGGGAAUCCCGACCUCUCGACGGAAGUGUAGUGAAACCGGGCCGGAAGUGAGGCGGCGUCUUCCACUCUCCUUCCCGCGCGCCGAGGCGGCCUAAGUAACCGGGGCUGGUGAGGCGGUGAGCGCCCGAGCUGGAGCCAAUCAGCUGCGGGAAGGGGCGGGACUUCCUGCGCGGGGGCCGGAGCCGUUGCGCUGCCUGGCUCUUCGUGGUCCCGGCUCCGAGGUAGCGGCGGCGGCGGCGUCUCAGUGAGGAGGCGCGCGGGGCCAUGACGUCAGCGUCCACAAAGGUCGGAGAGAUCUUCUCCGCGGCGGGCGCCGCCUUCACGAAGCUCGGAGAGCUGACGAUGCAGCUGCAUCCCGUGGCCGACUCUUCCCCCGCGGGUGCCAAGUGGACGGAGACGGAGAUAGAGAUGCUGAGGGCUGCUGUGAAGCGAUUUGGGGACGAUCUUAAUCACAUCAGCUGUGUCAUCAAGGAACGGACAGUGGCUCAGAUAAAGGCCACCGUGAAACGAAAGGUAUAUGAAGACUCUGGUAUCCCCCUUCCAGCCGAUUCACCCAAGAAAGGGCCCAAGAAGGUGGCAUCUGGUGUAUUGUCACCUCCUCCAACUGCUCCUCCACCAAGCAGCUCCAGUGUCCCCGAGGCCGGGGGUCCCCCCAUAAAGAAACAGAAGGCUGAUGUGACACUCAGUGCUCUGAACGACUCGGACGCCAACAGUGACCUGGUGGAUAUUGAGGGGCUAGGAGAAACUCCUCCAGCCAAGAAACUCAACUUCGACCAGGCCUGACCCUGGAUUCUGGCCUUCUCUUGACCUCCGCUGAUCCUCCUCUGCUCUCAUGCUGAGUCUUCCACCUCUGACCCCUCUCACUGUUCACCCUGGACCUGUGGAUCGCUUGGGACUCUGAGCAAGGCGACAGGGUGGAAAGGCUGCCAGGGGCAGCCCACCUUGGUGUUCCUGUAUGAGCAUCUGCACCCCAACCCCUGAGUCCCCCCCAACUGAUGGACGUUUUUAUACAGAAAACAAUAAAGAUCUCCCUCUCA